UUUACCUUACACACAAAUGCACGUGAUAAAAACGCAAUUAAGGUUUUGGUGAUUUAUACAGGUGGAACCAUUGGAAUGAAACCGAAUGAUGCAGGGGCUUAUGUUCCUGUACCAAAAGAAUUUAUUAACAGACUGAAAAGCAUUCCGCAACUUUUUGAUCCUGAAUUAGCAAACGCAUAUUUUCCGAAUCGAGACGAAAAUGAUCUAGUUUUACCUGAAAGUAAAUGUUUUAUUGUCUACAAGUUGCGCGAAUAUGAUCCUCUGUUAGAUUCUAGCAGUAUGACGCCUAACGAUUGGAUCAAAAUAGCAAAGGAUAUAGAAGAAAAUUAUGGAAAUUUUGAUGGUUUUGUUAUCCUACAUGGCACGGAUACUCUAGCAUAUACUUCUAGCGUUUUAUCAUUUAUGAUCGAAGGUCUUCAAAAACCGAUUAUAGUAACAGGGGCUCAAAUAUCAAUUUAUGAAACUCGUAGCGACGCUAUGGACAACAUUUUAGGAUCUUUAAUUCUUAGUGGAUGUUACAAAAUCCCAGAAGUGUGUGUUUUUUUUGCUAAUAAACUAUUCCGAGGUAACCGAACGACCAAAAUAAGUGUCAAAAAAUUCGCCGCUUUCGAUUCUCCAAAUUACGACAUCCUGGCAAAAAUUCAAACCUUAAUAACGUUAAAUAAUAAUUAUAUCAGAAAACCGGAUGCAGGCCCAUUUAAAGUAAAUACCAAUCUAAAUACCAAUGUGGGAAUAUUAACUUUCUUCCCUACAAUGACUCCUUCUAUGUUAAAAUUAUUUCUGCAGCCGUUUGACGGUAUCGUCAUUCGGAGUUACGGUUCAGGAAAUAUUCCUUCAAAUCAACCUGAACUAAUCCAAGUUUUGAAAAACGCAAUUGAGAGAGGAUUAUUGAUAAUAAACACAACACAAUGUCUCGAAGGAGCGGUUUCUGGUAUUUACGAAACAGGAAAGAUAUUAGAAGAUAUUGGAGUCAUUUCAGGCUACGACAUGACACCUGAAGCAGCUUUCACUAAACUCAGUGUCGUCCUGGCCUACCCUCAUUUGUCACAACAGGAACGGAUUCAAAUGAUGAAAAGCAAUAUUCGAGGAGAGCUCACAUCAAAUUACACUUAUUUCAGUUGUAUAAAAAUAAACUUGAACCAAAAGCAUUAA